AUGCCAGACAACAGCGGUGACCCCACAAUUAAGAAAUCGAUUGCCCUGUCAGAUGGACGCGAACUCAAGACUGACAUGGCAAUUAAAUGUAUAGGAUUCAGCCCUAAUAACGGAGUGUUGAAUGCAAAGGACUUUCCGGGGGCUUUUAUUGAG